AUGGAGACCAACGCGUCCACCAACGCCUCCUCGGCUCCCAGCUCCGCCUCCCUGUCGGACCUCAUCGUCAUGGUCACCGUCCUGAGCGAGUCUCCCGCCUUCACCCACUUCGCCUUCGCCGCCAUCCUCCUCAUAUACGUCGCCACGGUGGCGGGCAACUCACUGCUCUGCCUCGUCGUGUGCCGCACGCCGAGCCUCCACCGGCCGAUGCACGUGCUCGUCGCCCUCCUCUGCGCCACCGACCUGGUCGAGGCCACCAACUCGCUGCCGAGGAUCAUGAGCAACCUCGCCGCGUCCAACCGCAUGUCGCUCGCCGAGUGCGUCGCCCAGAUGUUCUUCCUGCACGUCACCGUGCGCACCCAGGCCUACGUCCUCGCCCUCAUGGCGCUCGACCGCUACGCCGCCGUCGUACGCCCGCUGCGCUACCGCUCGCUCGUGACGGUGGGCCGCGUGGCUCGCGCCUUCGCGGUCGCGGUGGCCGCCGCCACCGUGCCCAUCGUGGGCUACGUGGCCGUCGCGCUGCGUCUCGACUACUGCCGGGAGCGCGUCACGUCGGCGCCCAACUGCGACUUCCUUGUGCUCAGCAACCUGUCGUGCGGCGACCUCUCGCUCAACGCGGCGCUCGCCUACGCCAACGUGGCGUCGGGCAUCGCCCUGCCCCUCGCCGUCAUCGCCGUGGCCUACGCGCUCGUCCUGCGCGAGUGCUCCAGGCAGGCGGCGGCGGCGGGCGGCGGCGUUGGUGGCAGCGGUGGCACCGUUGGUGGCAGCGGUGGGUCCGGCGCCGCCAAGGCCCGGCGCACGUGCGUCACCCACCUCGUCGUCGUCGCCGUCUACUUCGGCUCAAUCUUCUUCACGGUGGCGAGCGGACUGCGCGCCUUCUCGGCCGUGCCGCGGGACGUGCGCGUGCCCCUGCAGGCGCUCCAGUACGUCCUGCCGCCCGCGCUCAACCCCAUCGUCUACGGCUUGCGCACCGCCGAGAUCCGACGGCGGCUGUUCGGCGCGCCCUCCGCCGUGCGGGCGGCGGUAGGGCAUGCGUAA